UGAUGGCUUCAAUUUAUAUGAAUGCGUCAUUUUCCUAAUCAUAUAUCCUGAUAAAUUGAAUCAUUUCGAUAAUGUUUGGAUUAACUGGAAAAUUUCAAAGACGUCGUGAAUCUGAUUUCGAACAAGAAUCCAAUUUAACAAUUAAUCCAAAAAAUAGCUACCAAAAAUCAAAAUAUGAAAGAGAGAAUGGAUAUAAAAAUGAAUCAAAAUGGUCUUCCAAUUGGAGCAAUGAUACAUCGAAUGCAUCAUCAGGACAUCCUAUAACAUUUGAAGUAGCAAGCAGCAGUAAAAGAUGGCUUUUAUGUAUGCUUAUUACUGUAUCUGUAUUACUUCUUUUACUCAUUAUUACCAUAAUAAUCGCAUAUGCUACAAAUUUGUUAAUUAUCAAAUUUCCACCAUCAUCACCAAUAUCAUCUACAACAUAUCAACCAGAACCAAUUACUUUUACUCCAUUAUCUACCCUUCAACCUUUUCCACCUUUAUUUCCCACUCCGUUACCACCAUAUAAGCCACCUAUCAUUACAAUGUUACCAUUUCCAACAGAUCGACUUCAAAAACGAGUAUUUCUCUGCCAGAUGUAUUUAUUAAAUCAAGCUAAUGAAGCUUAUGCAAAUCAUAAUAGCUUCGAGUAUCAUCAAACAUCUCAAAGGAUUCAGAAUGCGAUAGAUAAUCAACUUAAGCCAACACCUUUACGGCCGUACCUGGAAAACGUUCACGUAUGGUAUUUAUACAACAGUGGUCCUCAUCUUGCCGUAGAAUUUUCACUCAUAAUGCUUAUACCAUCACAUGCAAAUAUUGGUUUAACAUCUGUCAAAAAUGUUUUCCUCAGUAUAUUACCGGGAAUUGAAGAUCAACUGAAUGGUACCUAUAUCGACAGAAAUAGCAUUUCGAUACAGUAUCUUCAUAUUUAAUUUUUGUUUCUUUUUCUUUUCUCUUUUUUUCUACUCGGUAUUUCAUAUUGUAAAUCUAUUAUUUUUG